GGUAUAUACCUAGCUGAUGAAAUUUGUGGUACGAACAGAUGAAUUAAUUUCCAUGUCCAAACAAAGCAUUAAGCUUAAGGUUGAGGUUGUGGGGAGGAUACGUCACCCGCAUCUCUGUUGAGCGUGUGUGGAGAGGGGGUGCUUGCGUGUGUUAGCAUGAUGUAAUUAGGCCUUGAUCUGUGGAUGUGAUUGCGCUAUUUGCGGUAGGCUUGCAUGCCACCCAUGCGCGUAUAUAUGUACUCCUGUACCCACACUUGGAAUACGAUCAAUCAUUCACACACUUUCAUGGUAUCAGAGCGGUUACGAUCCGCUACUCUUCCGCAACCCAUACCAGCGCCCGCCGCCGAUCCGAUCGCCACCACCGUCGCUGACUCCAUGUCGCCGGGUGUGUCGCCGGUCUCAUCGCCAGCGCUGCCGAUCCGAUCGCCUACCCCGUAGCUGCCCUCGACACCGGGUGUGGCCGCCGAUCCGAUCGAUCCUGCCUCCGCUUGAUCUCCUGCUGUACGUGCUGUACGUGGCUGUACAACUCCCGGCCGCCGUCGUCGUCGUCAACGUGCUGGACGAAGUUGUACGUGCUGUUCGAUCGCCUGCUGUACACAUCGCCGGGUGCAGCCGCUGCCGCCGAUCGCGCAUCUCUUCUCGUCCCGUGCCGUGAGCGCGCGGGCGCGUGUGCACCAGCCCCGCGACCACUCCCAUGGCGGACGACGACGACGCGGCUGCCACCGCAGCGGCGGCACAGGAGGCCGAAGUCCGCGCCGAGGCCGAGCGCCGCACUGAAGCGGCGCGCCUCCGCGCUGCAGCCCUCGACAAGUUCGAGGCCGCCCAUGAGACCAUCUGGGCGCAGGCCACCGCCGUCGUCAACGUCAAGGCGCUGAUCCCCAUCAUCCUCGACAAAGUGACCAACAGCUACACCAAAUGGCGGGGCAUGUUCCUCACCGUGCUCGGCAAAUAUGCCCUCGCCCCGCACGUGCUCGAGGACGAACUGCACCCCGACCGUCCGGUUUGGGUCCAGACUGAUUGUGUUGUGCUGUCAUGGAUUUUCGCCACCGUCUCCAGCGACCUACAGCAGUCGCUCAUGCUUCGCCAACGCCGUGCACGCGAGGCAUGGUGCUACCUCGAGGACGAAUUCCUCGGCCAGAAGGAGUCUCGUGCCAUUCUCCUGGAGACGCAAUUCCGCAACCUUCGUCAAGACUCCAUGACGAUCACUGAUUACUGCCGCAAGCUGGAGACCAUGGCUGCAUCUCUUGCUGAAUUCGGUGAUCCCAUCGGUGAUCGCCAGCUGGUCUUCACUCUCCUUCGCGGCCUCAGUGGUAAGUUCCGCCACAUGGUGUCUAUACUGAAGCUGCAGCGUCCGUUCCCGUCGUUCGCCGAGGCCCGGACUCACCUGCUCCUCGAGGAGAUCGACAUCGACGCUCGCCCACCGUCUCCACCUGCGGCCCUCAUCGCCUCGUCGCCCACGCCACCGGCUGGUGGCCCCGGCCGCCAGGCGCCGGCCACUGGUCCUCCGCGCACCGGCCAGCACAGCCAGGCUGGCGGCCAGCCAGGCGGCCAACGCAACGGCCGCCGGCGUGGCAAGGGUGGCCGCGGACAGGGCCACCAGCCCGGUGCUGGUCAGGGUGGCCAAGGCUCCUCUACAGGCGGUUACGGCGCCCCUGGCCACGGCGCAUCCGCUGGCCAGGGUGGCGUGCACGGUGUGCACCCCUCUUGCACGGUGUGCACGCUCCAGAUGUGGCCGUACGGUGGCCGCCCACCACCAGCACCACCGGCCUUCGCUGCUGUCCCGCAGUACGGCGCACCUUUUGGUGGUGCGUCCAGCGGCGGUUUCUACAGCCCCGGCUCCAGCUACCCGUUCACCUACGGGGGAGGAUCAGCGCCCUCGACACCGACAUUUCAGGGGGCACCAUAUCAGCUGCAGGCUGCCCCCUGGAACCCGGCACAUGGAGGCGCAUGGAACCAGGACUCCUUGGUGCAGAAUUUCAACACCAUGACGCUCCACCCCCCGGCACCUUCGGAAUGGUACGCCGACUCUGGUGCAGGCUCGCAUAUGACUGCGGAUGCUGGAUUUGGAAACCAGGAACGUGAUCGCCAGGUGCAAUAGCUCUGGCGACCUGUACCCAUUUUUUCCACCAGCUACCAGCACCUCCGCACUCCUCGCUGCACCCACCUCGCUAUGGCACCGUCGUCUUGGGCAUCUUGGGCACGAAGCUUUGUCCAAACUCAUUAGUUCCAAAGUUAUCACUUGUAAUAAAGAUGAUAGUCAUCAUUUAUGUCAUGCUUGUCAGCUCGGUCGUCACACUAGACUUCCUUUUGGUUCUUCCAAUUCCCGAGCUCCAAAUAAUUUCGAUUUAAUACAUUGUGAUCUUUGGACAUCUCCCAUUGUCAGUGUGUCGGGCUACAAAUAUUAUCUUGUCAUUUUAGAUGAUUGCUCUCACUACAUUUGGACUUUUCCGCUUCGCCUCAAAUCCGACACAUUUGCCACGCUUUCUAACUUUUUUGCCUAUGUUCGCACCCAG